CACAUUUUUUCAAGUCCAUCGUUAAACAGCACUUACCUGCCCAUAGAUGUAAUAAAAAAGUUACUGGUCACUGCUUUUGUUCAUCCUCCAAUCUCCAUCUAUUAUGAACUCAGAAAAUAGUGGAUCAGCGACAAAAACCCAAGAAGUUGGAAGUAGCUCGUUCAGGGAAGCGUGGACUGAAGAGCUGAAGAGGGACAAGACAGGAGCAUUUGGGAGAAGGAACCAUGAGUGCGAAUAAGGAAGAUGUGGAAAAGUUCCUCCAAGGGAACCCUGCAUUUGCAAAACAAUAUUUUGCCAAGAAGAUUAGUCCUGCUGCCAUAUCAAAGGCAUCAGGUAUCCAAGAGAAACAGGUCGACUUCAGCCAGUUCCAGGAGCUCACGCAGGUUGAAGAAAGCCAGACCCUGUCUGACCUGAUUAAAGACAUGCAGGAGAACAUCAACAUGGAGAAGGUGGUCUUCAAGGUCCUGAAGAGAAUCAGUGCACUCAUCCACGCUGACCGAUGCAGCUUGUUCAUGUACCGGCAGCGAAACGGCGUCGGAGAGCUCGCCACGAGGCUCUUCAACGUCAACACAGAGGCAGUGCUGGAAGACUGUGUGGUGCCGCCAGACUCUGAGAUCGUCUAUCCGCUGGACAUGGGAAUAGUUGGACACGUGGCCCUGACCAAGAAGACGGUUAACGUCAAAGAUGUCUCAGAGAACCAGCACUUCAGCUCGUUUGUCGACGAACUCACAGAAUACACGACCCGGAGCGUUCUGGCUACGCCCAUCCUCAACGGCAAAGACAUGGUGGCUGUGAUCAUGGCUCUGAACAAGACCACAGGACCACAUUUCACUGCUGAGGAUGAAGAUCUUUUUUUAAAGUAUCUGAAGGUUGCCUCUUUGAACUUGAAGAUCUACCACCUGAGCUACCUCCACAGCUGUGAGACCCGUAAAGGACAGCUGCUGCUGUGGUCGGCCAACAAGGUGUUUGAAGAGCUGACGGACAUUGAGCGACAGUUUCACAAAGCCUUGUACACAGUCCGAGCCUACCUCAACUGUGACCGCUACUCUGUCGGUUUACUAGACAUGACGAAGGAGAAGGAGUUCUUUGACAUUUGGCCAGUGUUGAUGGGAGAGCAGGCACCUUACUCUGGCCCUGUCACUCCUGAUGGCAGGGAGGUAAAUUUCUACAAAGUGAUUGAUUAUAUUUUACACGGAAAAGAAGACAUCAAAGUAAUACCCACUCCGCCUGCAGAUCACUGGGCCUUGGUUAGCGGCCUUCCUACUUAUGUUGCUGAGAGCGGUUUUAUUUGUAACAUUAUGAAUGCAGCUGCUGACGAGACGUUCCAGUUUCAGACUGAGCCUCUCGACAGCAGUGGUUGGACCAUAAAAAAUGUGCUCUCGCUGCCAAUCGUCAACAAAAAAGAAGAGAUAGUCGGUGUGGCCACUUUUUACAACAGAAAAGAUGGAAAGCCUUUUGAUGAUCAGGAUGAGCAGCUUAUGGAGGCUCUGACUCAGUUCCUGGGCUGGUCUGUUCUGAACCCGGACACCUACGACAAGAUGAACAAGCUGGAGAAUCGUAAAGACAUCGCUCAGGACAUGGUGCUGUAUCACGUCAAAUGUCGGGAUGAUGAGAUUCAGAAUAUCCUGAACACCAGGGACGUCUACGGCGUUGAACCCAGAGAAUGUGAAGAGGAGGAGCUCCUAGAUAUCCUGAAAAAAGACUUACCUCCACUUAUCAAGAAGUUUGAGAUCUACGAGUUUCGUUUUUCGGACUUUAACUGCUCAGAGAUGGAGCUGGUAAAGUGCGGCAUCCAGAUGUACUAUGAGGUCGGGGUGGUCAAGAAGUUCCAGGUCCCUCAAGAGGUGCUGGUUCGGUUCAUGUACUCAGUCAGUAAAGGCUACAGGAGGAUCACCUACCACAACUGGCGUCAUGGCUUUAACGUGGGACAGACUAUGUUCACGCUCUUAACGACAGGAAUGCUGAAACGGUACUACACUGACUUGGAGGUAAUGGCCAUGAUAACGGCAGGCUUCCUGCAUGAUAUUGAUCACAGAGGAACCAACAACUUGUACCAAGUCAAAUCUGGCAACCCUCUGGCCAAGCUUCACGGCUCCUCCAUCUUGGAACGACACCAUUUAGAGUUUGGAAAGUUCCUCUUGGCUGAUGAGUCACUGAAUAUCUACCAGAACCUUAACAGGCGACAGACGGAACAUGUGAUUCAUCUCAUGGACAUCGCCAUCAUCGCCACUGACCUGGCUCUUUAUUUCAAGAAAAGAACCAUGUUCCAGAAGAUUGUGGACCUUUCACACACAUAUGAGGAUGAAAAGAAGUGGGUGGACUUCAUGUCUCUAGAAACAACCAGAAAAGAAAUCCUCAUGGCUAUGAUGAUGACCGCAUGUGACUUGUCAGCUAUCACCAAGCCUUGGGAGGUCCAGAGCAAGGUUGCCUUGUCCGUAGCAGCAGAGUUCUGGGAGCAGGGUGACCUGGAGAGGACAGUACUGGAGCAACAACCUAUUCCCAUGAUGGACAGAAACAAGUCGGCAGAACUUCCAAAGCUACAGUGUGGUUUCAUUGACUUUGUCUGCACAUUUGUCUACAAGGAAUUUUCUCGUUUCCACCCACAAAUCCAGCCCAUGCUGGACGGCAUCCUGAACAACAGGAGGGAGUGGAAUUUGAAAAAAGAAGCAUAUGAAGCGACACUCAAACCCCUAGAGGACGAGAAGGCUGCUAAAGAGGCCGCAGCCAGUAAAGCUGCUGGAAACAACGCCGGCGGUGGAGGCUCCAAGACCUGCACGGUGAGCUAAUGGGUCAAAAAGCUGUGCACAUGAUGGGAGUCAGUCAUCAGCCUCACCGCCAAGGA